AUGCUCCGUGUUCCCAGCUGCAGGGUGGCACCUUCCCGAUCCCUGGCUCAUGAAGAAGUCCCCGGUUUUGGUGGCCAAACCGGGUCUCGCCUCCCACUUCUUCAGCCCCAGUCCCCAGCCCUGCUCCACCGCGGCCCCCCUUUCCCCAAUGCCCGGCUCCCCGGUGCUCCCCGCCCCGGUGCUCUUCAUCCUCCCGGUGCUCCCCACUGCUGCUGCCGCUACCCGCUGCUCUCCGCCCCUCGGUGCCGCUGCCCCUCGGUCAGACCCCCAGAUGCCCCCCUGAACAUCCUGCUCACGGCCCCUGAUCUGCCCCGGUGCCUCUGGGGUGCGCCCCCAGGACCCCACCAGUGCCCCCCCGGUGCUCCCCCGAGCUCCCCCUGCUGCUCCCCCAGGAUCCCCGCGGGUCCCCUCCCGCGACCUCCUCUCACGGUGGCCACCCCCGGAUCUCUCCCGUGGGCCCCCGGGUACCUCAUCGGUGCCCCCCUGGGGCCCUCGGCGCCCCCAGCCCCCGAAGCCCCUGCCUGUCCCCGGGAUGUCCCCGUCCCCCACCUUUCCCCGCCCCGCUGCCCGCCCCUCGGCUCCCCCUCCCCCUCAGAGCGCGGCCCCGCAGCGCGGCCCCGGCGGCGGAGCAUGGCGGGCGCGGGGGGCGCGGGAGGAGCGGCCCCGGUGCCGGUGCCCCCCUGGUACCACCGGGACCUGAGCCGGGCGGCGGCCGAGGAGCAGCUGGCGCGGGCCGGGCGGGACGGCAGCUUCCUGGUGCGGGACAGCGAAAGCGUGGCGGGGGCCUACGCGCUCUGCCUGCUGUUCCAGAAACACGUGCACACCUACCGCAUCCUGCCGGACGAGGAGGAUUUCCUGGCCGUGCAGACGUCACAGGGCGUGCAGGUGCGGCGCUUCAAGACGCUCAGCGAGCUGAUUGCCCUGUACCUGCAGCCCAACCAGGGGCUGGUCUGCACCCUGCUCUUCCCUGUCGAGAGGGAGAAGGAGAAGGAGACCGUGGAGGACAGGGACUAUUCGGAUGGAGAGGAUGAGAAGCCGCCGUUGCCGCCACGCUCCGGCUCCACCAGUUGCUCUGGCACCUCAGCGGGGCUCAGCCCCACUGGCCUGGGACCAUCUGUGCCAGAGAGGCCAGUGGAGAGCACCAAUGGGCUCAGCAGCAUCUCUCAUGAGUACCUGAAGGGCAGCUACAGCCUGGACCUGGAGGCAGUGAAGGGAGGGGCCAACAGCCUCCCCCACCUCAACAAGACUCUCGUCACGUCCUGCAAACGGCUGCACAGUGAGGUGGACAAGGUGCUGGCAGGGCUGGAGAUCCUCUCCAAGGUGUUUGACCAGCAGAGCUCCCCCAUGGUCUCCAAGAUCCUGCAACAGACAGCAGGGCAGAGUGGAGAGCAGGAGCUGGAGAACCUGGUGCUGAAACUCUCUGUGCUGAAAGAUUUCCUGUCAUCCAUCGAGAAGAAGGCACUGAAGGCCCUGCAGGAGAUGAGCUCAGCCACCCCAGCCACCCCUCCUCAACCCCUCUCCCGCAAGGCCAAGAGCAUCCCAGUGCAGACCUUCGAGGUGAAGCUGGAUAUCACCCUGGGGGACCUGACCAAGAUUGGGAAGUCACAGAAGUACACACUGAGUGUGGAUGUGGAGGGGGGUAAACUAGUGGUGCUGAAGAAGCAGAAGGACUCCCAGGAGGACUGGAACACCUUCACCCAUGACAAGAUUCGGCAGCUGAUCAAGUCACAGCGGGUACAGAACAAGCUGGGCAUCGUUUUUGAGAAGGAAAAGGAUAAAACGCAACGGAAAGACUUUGUUUUUGUCAGUGCUCGGAAACGUGAGGCCUUCUGUCAGCUUCUGCAGCUGAUGAAGAACAAGCACUCUCACCAGGACGAGCCUGACAUGAUCUCUGUCUUCAUCGGCACCUGGAACAUGGGCAGCGUUCCCCCCCCCAAGAACAUCACUUCAUGGAUCACCUCCAAGGGCUUGGGCAAGACCCUGGACGAGGUGACGAUGGCCAUACCACACGACAUCUACGUCUUUGGCACCCAGGAGAAUUCCCUGGGAGACAAGGAGUGGGUGGACUUCCUGCGCUCCGUCCUCAAGGACUUCACCGAGGUUGAGUACCGCCCGGUGGCCAUGCAGUCCCUGUGGAACAUCAAGGUGGUGGUGCUGGUGAAGCCAGAGCACGAGAACCGCAUCAGCCACGUCAGCACCUCCAGCGUCAAGACAGGGAUCGCCAACACCCUGGGGAACAAGGGCGCUGUGGGUGUCUCCUUCAUGUUCAAUGGCACCUCCUUUGGCUUUGUCAACUGCCACCUCACCUCUGGCAAUGAGAAGACUGCACGGAGGAACCAGAACUACCUGGACAUCCUGCGCCUGCUCUCACUGGGGGAUAAGCAGCUGAGCUCCUUUGACAUUUCGCUUCGCUUCACUCACCUCUUCUGGUUUGGGGACCUCAAUUACCGCCUAGACAUGGACAUCCAGGAGAUCCUCAACUACAUCAGCCGCAAGGAGCUGGAGCCGCUGCUGAAGGUGGAUCAGCUCAAUCUGGAGAAGGAGAAGCACAAGGUGUUCCUGCGCUUUGGUGAGGAGGAGAUCACCUUCCCCCCAACCUACCGCUAUGAGCGGGGCUCCCGGGACACCUAUGUCUGGCACAAGCAGAAGCCCACAGGGGUGCGUACCAACGUGCCGUCCUGGUGUGACCGCAUCCUCUGGAAGUCCUACCCCGAGACUCAUGUCAACUGCAACGCUUAUGGGUGCACAGAUGACAUUGUCACCAGUGACCACUCACCCGUCUUCGGCUCCUUUGAAGUGGGAGUGACAUCGCAGUUCGUUUCCAAAAAAGGGCUCUCCAAGUCCUCAGAGCAGGCGUACAUCGAGUUUGAGAGCAUAGAAGCCAUCGUGAAGACCUCCAGUCGCACCAAGUUUUUCAUCGAGUUCUAUUCUACCUGCCUGGAAGAGUUCAAGAAGAGCUUCGAGAAUGACAGCCAGAGCAGUGACAACAUCAACUUCCUCAAGGUGCAGUGGUCAUCCCGGCAGCUGCCCACGCUGAAGCCCAUCCUCUCUGAGAUUGAGUACCUGCAGGACCAGCACCUCUUGCUCACUGUCAAAUCCCUUGAUGGCUACGAGUCCUAUGGGGAGUGUGUCAUUGCCCUGAAGUCCAUGAUUGGCAGCACAGCCCAGCAGUUCCUCACCUACCUGUCCCACCGCGGUGAGGAGACCGGCAAUAUCCGUGGCUCCAUGAAGGUCUGGGUGCCCACGGAGCGCCUGGGCACCCGUGAGAGGCUCUAUGAGUGGAUCAGCAUCGAUAAGGAUGAGACGACAGCCAGCAAAGGGAAGGUGCUGCUAGGUGCCAGGGCCACCCAGGACAAUGCCAAGUCUGUGGGGCGGAAGCCCACGGGUGCUGAGCCCCCCACCACCCUCCUGGCCAAGCUGCCGGAGGAGCCCGACAAGAGCAGCACCACAGCAGCGCCGCGUCCCCCCGCCCCGCACCGCAGCGCCCCCAGGGACGAGGCCACCCCGAGCCGGUCCAAGGUGGAGGCAGUGCCGGAGCUCUCAGGGGGUCCCCUGAAGAACAGCUUCAACAACCCAGCGUACUACGUGCUGGAGGGGGUCCCCCACCAGCUGCUGGUGCCGGGGGACCCCGGCAAGCCCCCCAAGGCCAAGGUGCAGGUGGCAGUGCCGGAGCGCUGCCAGUGCCCCUCGGCAUGCUGCGGUGGCGAGAGCGAUGAGGAGGAGGAGCUGGGCACCCUGAACCUGCCCCCGCCGGAUUUCCCCCCGCCGCCGCUGCCCCGGGAGCUGGAGCUCCCCCAAAACACCUUCUUGGGCACCCCCAAGGAGCUGCUGGCAUCCAGCGGGUGUGAGGACCCCAAAUCCCACCCUGCUGCCUUCGGAGAGGCUCCCCUGCCCAAGCUGCACCCCCGGCCACCCCCAGCCGCCAGGGCUGGAUUUGGGAUGGAGGGGGCUGGCGGGAUGCCCGUUCCCGGGGCACUGCCCGCUCCUGGGGCGCUGCCCAUUCCCGGGGCACUGCCCGCUCCUGGGGCACUGCCCGCUCCUGGGGCGCUGCCCAUUCCCGGGGCACUGCCUGCUCCUGGGGCACUGCCCGCUCCUGGGGCACUGCCCGCUCCUGGGGGCCUGUCGGGAGGGCUGCUGGAUGACCGCUCCUGCUCGGUGCUGCAGAUGGCCAAGACACUGAGUGAGGUGGACUACGGGGGUGGGAAGGGGAGGGUGGUCCCCCCACCACCGCUGCUGGCCAAGGGGGCCUUGCCUCCCCGCUGCCUGCACCCUGACUAUGGCCGCCCCCUUGCCUUCCCUCCCCACUCCAUCCAGGAGAGCAUCCAGGAGGACCUGGCUGAGGAGGCGCUGGGCCGCGGCGUGGGCACCGUGCCCGGCGUGGGCGAGUGGCUGCGGGCGCUGGGGCUGGAGCGGUACGAGGAGGGGCUGGUGCGCAACGGCUGGGACGACCUGGAGUUCCUCAGUGACAUCACAGAGGAGGACCUGGAGGAGGCUGGAGUGCUGGAGCCCGGCCACAAGCGCGUCCUUCUGGAGAGCCUCCAGCUCCGCAAGUAGCUGCCACCGCACAUCCAGCGUCCCGUGCUUCCCGUGGCCCGGCAUCCCAGAUCCUGCAGCCCCGCGUCUCACACCUUGCAGUAGUGUGUCCUGUGGCCCAGCAUCCUGCAUCCCACAGAUGGACAUCCUGGACCCCAUGGCUGUGCAUUCUGUAUCCUGCUGCCACGUGUCCUGGAGCCUGUGGCCCUGCAUCCUGCAGCUGAGCAUCCCAGAUCCUGCGGCCACACAUCCCAGAUCCCUCAGAUCCUGCGGCCGUGUGUCCGCAGCCCGGCAUCCUGUGACCCCAUAUCCUGGGUCCCAUGGAUGUGCAUCCCAGAUCCUGCAGCUGUGCAUCCUGCAGCUGAGGAUCCUUCAUCCCACAGCCCCACACCCUGUAUCCAUGCAUCCCACCAUCACCAGCAGCAAGUGGGAACCCCAUGAGCUCCACAGCCCACCCCACCCUGCGUGCAGGGUAAUGGGGCAGGAAGGGGGAGUGGGGGACAGGGGGGUGGUGGGUCCUGGUCAGAUAAUUUCACAUGAGGAUACCCACGGGGUGUCCUCACAUUUAAGUUAUUUUUUUAUUUAUUGGGAGAAGGGAUGGGGGAAGAGGUGUUUGGGGGUAACCUGGCUCCCUGGUCGGGACCCUGGCUCCCCCCAUGAGCCCUCACAGCUAGGAGGAGGCUCUGAGCAAAGUCAUGUCUCGACCCAAGUGCCUUCAUGAUGCCUGGGA